UUUUAGAGACUCCCAACCGUUAAAAAGAAGUGCAUCAGGCAGAAACACGCUCAUCUCUUAACCUCGCCGCGGUCGCUCAUCUCUCCACACCACACUCAUCAUCUUCUUCUACAAUUUCAGCUUAACUGACUUGUCGAAUUUUUUAGUCUUUGUACCUCCAUCCAUAACUUUGGCUGGGCAAUUUCACCCAAAAGCCUCAGACAAUCAAGAUGGAUAAUGCUAGUGGGACAGUGAAUGAACCUGCUAAUGAUUCCACCACUCCAUCCAACAAUAAACCUGCAAGUGCACCCAGAUUAACAAGUAAAGUAUGGUCUUAUUUUCAAAGGUUAACAAAAUUGAAAAUGGUAAACUAGUACUUAAAGCUGAAUGUGUUAUUUGUAAUACUUUGUUUGCUGGCAGUCCUAGGAGUGGUACUAGUCAUUUAUCCCGUCAUUUAAAAGAGCAUGAAGCUGCACAAGCUAGGAUUAGUCCAGGUCAUAUAUUAUUAAAUGCUGAUGUUGCUGGAAAUUUGACAAUUUUGCUUAUGAUCAUGCUGUUGCUCGUAAAGAAGUUGUAGAUUUUAUUAUUAGAGCAGAACUGCCAUUUAAAUUUGUUGAAAGCCAUGAUUUUAUAGGCAUGAUUCAGCGUGCAUUUUGUCCUUAAUAUAGGGGAAUUUCAGCUUCUACAUGUAAGGGAGAUGUGAUGAAAAAAUUUGGUAAAGAAAAGAGUGAUUUGCAUGCUCUUUUUGAAAAACUUGAUUCGAAAAUUUGUUUAACUUCAGAUGUUUGGUCAUCACAGCAGAAAGUGGGUUACAUGUCACUUACUGCACAUUUUAUUGAUAAAGACUGGUUUUUGAAUAAACGGGUAAUUUGCUUUAAAAUGAUUGAAUACCCACACACCGGAGAGUCACUUGCAACUCAUAUAUUUGAUGAAUUGUUAUCUUGGCGCAUUCACAACAAAAUAUUUACUCUGUCAUUAGAUAAUGUGUCAAAUAAUGAUACAGCUGCAAGUAUACUUCCAUUAUCUCUCUUGCUUGAUUCUGUGCAACAAAAGUUGUUUCAUGUACGUUGUUGUUGUCAUAUAUUGAACUUGAUUGUGCAAGAUGGACUGAAAGUUUUAUCUCCGUCUAUUGAUAAAAUUACUGAUAUUGUACGUAGCAUGAAUUCCUCUAGCAAGAGACAUGAAAUUUGGGUAAAAUGUUGUACUGAUUUCAAUAUGCGAAAGAUAAAUAUAGACAAUGAUGUGCCUCAUAGGUGGAAUUCCACCUAUGAGCUUUUACUUGUAGCUAUAAAGGAUAAAGUCCCUUUGCAUUGGUAUGUUAAAGAGAGAAAUGAAUCAAUUUCUUGCAAUUUACAAGUUCCUAAUGAAGAAGAUUGGAAAAUAGCUCAACUUGUUAGUGGGUUUUUACAAAUUUUUAUUCUUCAACAAAGAUACUUUCUGGUGUGUAUUACCCUACUUCGAGUUGUGUUAUUAGUUGUUUAACAGAUAUUCAUGCAUCAUUUGCUGCAUAUUCUGAAUUUUCUGUUUUUAAGGAUGCUUUGACUGAAAUGAAAGCAAAAUUUGAUAAAUAUUGGGAAGAGUUUCCUACUGUGUUUUGCUUUGCUACUAUUAUGGACCCUAGGUUUAAAGUAUUUGCAAUUGGUGAAUGGUUAAAUAUGACAGGUAUUGAUCAGUUAACCAUUGACUCAAAACUUUUAGCUUUAAAGACUUUGUUAUUUCAAUUCUUUGAUGUCUACAAGAGGAGUGUAAUGUCUUAUGUGGGUCAAAAUGUGCAAUCUGCAAAUGUAACUUCUAGCACCUUAAGCCAAACUCCUGGUUCUGUAGUUGUCCCUAUUAUGCAAGAUUUCUCUAUGCAAUGUUUGAAAAGGGCAAAGCUAUCAUCUUCAUCUUCUUCCACCACCAAAUCUGAGUUACAGGUUUACCUUGAUUUACCAACAAUAGAUGUUGCUGACGAUAACCAAUUUAGUUUUUUGGGUUGGUGGAAAAAAAAUCAAUCAUUAUAUCCUAUUGUUUCUCUUAUGGCUCGUGACUUGCUAACUAUUCCAGCUUCUACUAUAGCAUCAGAAUCAUGUUUUAGUGCAGGUGGUAAAGUUUUAUCUGACAAGUGGACCAGUUUGAGUCCAAAUACAAUAGAAGCAUUAAUUUGCUUGAAAGAUUGGGCCUUAGCAAAUUCAAGGAUGCAAGAUCCAGCACAAGAUGAGCAACGUGCAGAAGAAUUAAUGAACACUAGAGCAUCAAGAUCAGAUUGGAUGGCAGCUAGGGAAACGGUCGAGAGUGAAUCUGAAAAUGAGACAAUUGAGAGUUGAAUUGAUGUGUAACAGGACACCCCCUUGACAUGGCAUAUGUGUUUGGAAUGCUAUGAUUUUUAUUGUAGU